GAAAUCUACCACCUUCUCUUUGUGUUUAUAAACGUUAGUGUAUCGCACUACCGAAACGGCUGGAACUAUCUGUUUCCAUUUUAAAAUUAGUCCCCAUCAUCACCAAAGGAAAAAGACAAGUUUCCUCUCUAUAUUUAAGACCAGUUCCUUGUCACCUUGUGCAAGCUUUUAAGAUAAACAUAAUAUACCCUCUAUUAUAAGCCAUAACUGAAACUUUUAAGCUGAUUCAGGCUUGAAAGUUUCGAUGGCUGAAACCAAUACAAGUAAAAAAAGCUCAAGGCAUUGGGAAUAUAUUUGUAGUUUUGCUGAUAAAGUGAAAAGGUUUCCAAGUUUGGCGAGGAGGACAACAUGGAAAGUUGGCAAAGAGGAUCCAAGAAGGGUGGUUCAUUCUUUGAAAGUUGGUAUGGCUUUGACAAUAGUUUCUUUGCUGUAUCUAAUGGAGCCAUUGUUCAAAGGUAUAGGGAAAAAUGCUAUGUGGGCUGUCAUGACUGUGGUUGUGGUGAUGGAGUUUACUGUAGGGGCAACAUUAUGCAAAGGACUAAAUAGAGGAUUGGGGACUCUGCUUGCAGGAUCAUUGGCAUUUUUGAUUGAGUAUGUUGCUGAUGCUCCUGGUCGGAUUUUUCGAGCGGUUUUCAUUGGUGCUGCAGUUUUUCUUUUAGGAGCAGCAGCUACUUAUGUCAGGUUCAUCCCCUAUAUUAAGAAGAAUUAUGACUAUGGUGUUAUGAUAUUUCUCUUGACCUUUAAUUUGAUAACUGUAUCAAGUUACCGUGUUGAUAAUGUCUGGAGCAUUGCAAAAGAUCGCAUCUCCACCAUUGCCAUAGGCUGUGGUCUAUGUCUUGUAAUGAGCCUAUUGGUAUUUCCAAACUGGUCAGGGGAAGACCUCCAUAACUCCACCAUAUCAAAGCUCGAAGGCUUAGCCAACUCUAUAAAAGUUUGUGUCAUGGAAUAUUUUUAUGAUUCUGAAAAAAGAGCAACUCAAGAUGAUUCAUCUGAGGAUCCCAUUUACAAAGGUUACAAGGCUGUUUUAGACUCCAAAGCUAAUGAAGAAACACUGGCAUUACAAGCAAGCUGGGAGCCAAGAUACUCAAGACAUUGCCACAGAAUCCCAUGGCAGCAAUAUGCAAGAGUUGGAGCAUCUCUUCGCCAUUUUAGUUACACUGUUGUAGCACUACAUGCAUGUCUGCAGUCUGAAAUUCAGACACCAAGGUCGAUUCGUGCCCUAUACAAAGACUCUUGCAUCAAGCUUGCAGAAGAAGUGUCUAAAGUACUAAGGGAACUUGCCAACAGCAUAAGGAACAAUCAUCAAUUCUCCCCUCAGAUAUCUAAUAAUGUCAAUGAAGCUUUACAAGACCUCGACAAUGCCUUGAAAUCCCACCCCCAACUUUUACUAGGCUCGAGGAAUGGUCGAACCACAAACAACUCAACUCAAGCAGUUGCACUUGCUGACCAAAAGCUUAAAGAAGACUCUAGAAUCUCAUCAUCAACUCUUAAAAAUGAUUCUCUUGCCCCACUUGAAUGUAAAUCCAAAGAGCACUCGCGUGAACAACCAAAGGAAGCACAUGUACACAAGAAGGUUUUAAGGCCACAACUGAGUAAGAUUGCCAUCACUAGCCUUGAGUUCUCAGAAGCACUACCCUUUGCUGCUUUUGCUUCUUCUCUUGUGGAGAUGGUAGCAAAACUAGAUCAUGUUAUAGAUGAAGUUGAAGAACUGGGAAGAAUGGCGCACUAUAGAGAGUUCAGAGAUAAUGAUGAGAUUGUUGUGACUUGUGAGAGACAAAAAAUGAACAUACCUCAGAAUGACUUGCCUUCUUAUGGAGCAGAGUAGUUAGUAGAAUCCAUUUAGUGUUUAUCAUCCCAUGAGCAGAGUUAUCAUUUGUUGAUAAUUCAAGUCUCACAUCAGAUAGGAAUGAACAAGUAAGGAACAUAUAAUUGAAAGGACCCAUAAAAACUAAUUCCUUCACUUGGUAAUUUAAGUGCUUCCACAACAAGUAUCCCUAAGUGCAAAGUGG